AACUUCCGCUCGCUCAGCCGUACGAGGAGCUCAUUGCGGUUAACUGUAUUUUAUUUUCACAUUUUUUUUUAUUUAUCUAGCUUUACAUCGUUGACCAGGCAGUCAUGUCUAGUCACGAACCCGUCAACAUGAAGCUCCCUCCGAUCCAGUCCACGGCCGGAGCCGUGCCGGUCCGGAAUGAAAAAGGUGAGAUCUCCAUGGAGAAGGUGAAGGUGAAGAGGUAUGUCUCAGGUAAGCGCCCAGACUACGCUCCCAUGGAGUCGUCCGAUGAAGAAGAGGAGGAGUUCAAGUUUGCAAAGAAGGGAAUGGAAAUGGAGCUGCCGGAGGUGGUGGAGCAGCAGCAGGAGGAGGAGGAGGAAGGGGACGUCUCAGACCCACGUCUCAAACGUUUACUCAAUCGGGCUACUGACGAUGUGGAGGAGAGGCUCGCGAGGCACAGACAGAUUGUGGAGCCUGAAGUUGUUGCUGAGAGCAGCGAGGACUCUGAUGAAGGCACGUGGCACCCUAAGCACGAGGAGAGCAGUGAGGAUGAAGAAGAGGAGGAGGAGGARGAAGAAGUGGAUGAUGAGGAAAUUGAACGGAGACGAGCGAUGAUGCGUCAGCGAGCGUUGGAGAGGAAGAAUGAAGAGAUGGAGGUCAUGGAGGUGGAAGAGGAGGGGAAGUCGGGGGAGGAGUCCGAGUCGGAGUCAGAGUACGAAGAAUACACAGACAGUGAGGACGAAGCGGAGCCGCGUCUCAAACCUGUCUUCAUUCGCAAAAAGGACCGGGUCACCGUGGCGGAGCGUGAGGCUGAGGAGCUGAAGCAGAGAGAGCUGGAAGCAGAGGCCAAGAAGCAGGCGGAGGAGCGGCGCCGCUACACCCUCAAGAUCGUAGAGGAGGAAGCCAAGAAGGAGUUUGAAGAGAACCGGCGCACGCUGGCUGCCCUGGAAGCCCUGGACACGGACGGAGAGAACGAGGAGGAAGAAUACGAAGCCUGGAAGGUCAGAGAGCUGAAGCGCAUCAAGAGGGACCGAGAGGCCCGAGAAGCCAUGGAGAGGGAGAAGAGUGAAAUAGAAAGAUUCCACAGCUUGACGGAAGAGGAGCGCCGGGCAGAGCUCCGCAACACUGGCAAAGUCAUCACCAACAAAGCCUCUAAAGGCAAAUACAAGUUCCUGCAGAAGUACUACCACAGAGGAGCCUUCUUCUUGGAUGAGGAGGAUGAUGUUUAUAAGAGAGAUUUCAGCGCUCCAACACUGGAGGAUCACUUCAACAAAACCAUCUUACCCAAAGUCAUGCAGGUCAAAAACUUUGGGCGGUCAGGACGCACCAAGUACACCCACCUGGUGGACCAGGACACCACAUCGUUUGACUCAGCCUGGGCUCAGGAGACGGCUCAGAACAGCAAGUUCUUCAAGCAGAAGGCAGCGGGCGUGAGGGAUGUGUUUGACCGGCCCACCGUGAAGAAGAGGAAAGCUUAAGAUUCAUCCACGUUUCCAUUAGACUGAGCUGCUUUCUGCUGUGAGCAGGACAGUUAAUUCUGGUUUCCUGGACUCUGUUGUGGAAGAAAAGGAACACAAGCUGGUUCUAGUUUGAUGCACAGGAGGACCAGAAACUAAGGUCGCAGCUGAACGAGGGACUGGCUGAAAAUAUGCGUCAAUCUGAAAAAARAUUCCCUAAACUCCCUCAGAUUCUUCAGUCACUUCUGGUUUAUUGUUGUAAAUAUUACCUUUUAUURUUUAGUUUGGGUUUUUCCCACUGAUGGUCUGUAAAACCAGUUUUUCCUGUCAGUUUUGUUUUACUACAGUAAUCUCAAUUAAAGUCAUUCAUUUUCACACAGAA